GGUGACGGACGUAGAUUGCUGCCAAUUGUAGGAGGCUUCCUCGAGAGCGGUCCCGCCUCGUCAGUUUAUAAACAACUAACCAAUGAGCGCGCCGCUGCUUCAGCUAGCGGGGACCCAUUGAAGAAGAAGAGUGAGUAUUGGCCACAGCCUAGGGCUUCUGUCCAAUAGGAGCUUACCUGCCGGCGGCUCUGGCGGGAGCUUGAGCGGCUCCGGAAGUGGCCGUUGGCGUAGGUGCAUUCGGAGUUCUGCUGAGGUAACUAGAGAGUCUUCGGCGGGCUCGCGAGCCAGGCCGCGGCCUACUGGUUUCAGAAAUGGGAAUUUCACUGUGUUGCCCAAGCUGGUCUCGAACACCGGAGCGUAAGCGAUCCAUCCGCCUGGGCAUCCCAAUAUCCAGGGAUCACAGGCGUGACCCUCCGCGCUGGCCAGAGCAAAGAUUUGAACCGAGUGAUGGCUCAUGAAGCAAUGGAAUAUGAUCUUCAGGUACAGUUAAAUCAUGCUGAAGAACAGCCAGCUUCUGCUGAUGUGGCCAGCAGCCAAGGGGGACCAGCCCUCCUCCAGCCUGUUCCUGCUGAUGUGGUCAGCAGCCAGGGGGGACCACUGAUCUUCCAGCCAGCUCCUGCUGAAGUGAUUGGCAGCCAAGUGACACCACCCGUACUCCAGCCUGCUCCACAACUGUCUAUUGACCUGACAGAAGUGGAGGUCUUGGGAGAAGACAAUGUGGAGAACAUCAAUCCAAGAACUUCAGAACAACAUAGACAGGCAUCUGAUGCUAAUCACACCAUCCGAGCAUCUUCAUUGCAUUCAAUGACCAACUUCAUCAGUGGACUGCAGAGACUUCAUGGCAUGCUGGAAUUCCUGAGACCUUCAUCUUCAAACCACAGUGUAGGGCCAAUGAGAACAAGAAGGAGGGUAUCUGCUUCACGGAGGGCAAGAGCUGGAGGGUCUCAGAGGACAGACAGUGCCAGGUUGAGAGCACCAUUGGAUGCUUACUUUCAGGUGAGCAGGACCCAGCCUGACUUGCCAGCUGCCACUUAUGAUUCAGAGACUAGGAAUCCUGUGUCUGAAGACUUGCAGGUGUCUAGUAGUUCUGAUUCUGACAGUGACAGCUCUGCAGAGUAUGGAGGGGUUGUUGACCAGGCAGAGGAAUCUGGAGCUGUCAUUUUAGAAGAGCAACUAGCAGGUGUCUCAGCAGAGCAAGAAGUUAUAUGUAUCGAUGGAGGCAAGACCCUCCCCAAACAGCCAUCUCCCCAGAAGUCUGAGCCUCUGCUACCUUCUGCCUCUGUGGAUGAGGAAGAAGGGGACACUUGUACAAUAUGUCUGGAACAGUGGACCAGUGCUGGAGACCACCGGCUCUCAGCAUUACGCUGUGGUCAUCUCUUUGGGUAUAGUUGCAUUUCCACGUGGCUCAAAGGACAAGUACGAAAAUGUCCCCAGUGCAACAAGAAAGCCAGGCACAGUGACAUUGUUGUCCUUUAUGCCCGAACCCUGAGAGCUUUGGACACUAGUGAACAGGAGCGCAUGAAAAGACUUUUUAGUUCCCUACUGAAGGAACAGAUGCUAAGGAAGCAGGCCGAGUUAGAAUCAGCACAGUGCCGACUCCAACUGCAGGUCCUCACUGAUGAGUGCACUAGGCUUCAAAGCCGUGUUCAGGACUUGCAAAAGCUUAUGUCACAUCAAAAUCAGAAUUUACAGCAACCCAGGGGCUCCCAAGCAUGGGUCCUGAGCUGCUCACCCUCCAGCCAGGGCCAGCACAAGCACAAGUACCACUUCCAAAAGACCUUCACAGUAUCUCAGGCAGGAAACUGCCGGAUCAUGGCAUACUGUGAUGCUCUGAGCUGCCUGGUGAUAUCACAGCCUUCUCCUCAGGCCUCUUUUCUUCCAGGCUUUGGUGUUAAGAUGUUGAGUACUGCCAACAUGAGAAGCAGUCAGUACAUUCCGAUGCAUGGCAAACAGAUUCGUGGACUGGCUUUUAGCAGUUACUCCAGAGGCUUGCUACUCUCUGCUUCCCUAGACAACACUAUUAAACUGACCAGCCUGGAGACAAAUACCGUGGUCCAGACUUACAAUGCUGGACGUCCUGUCUGGAGCUGUUGCUGGUGUCUUGACGAGACUAACUACAUCUAUGCUGGACUGGCCAAUGGUUCAAUUCUGGUAUAUGACGUGCGGAACACGAGCAGUCAUGUGCAGGAGUUAGUAGCUCAGAAAGCCAGAUGCCCACUGGUCUCCUUGUCAUACAUGUCCAGAGCUGCCUCAGCUGCAUUUCCAUAUGGUGGGGUGCUGGCUGGAACCUUGGAGGAUGCUUCAUUCUGGGAACAGAAAACGGACUUUUCUCAUUGGCCUCAUGUACUGCCCUUGGAGCCAGGGGGCUGCAUAGACUUCCAGACAGAGAACAGCUCCCGGCACUGUCUUGUGACCUACAGGCCUGAUAAAAAUCACACCACCAUACGAAGUGUGCUGAUGGAAAUGUCCUACCGACUGGAUGACACUGGAAAUCCAGUCUGCUCCUGCCAGCCUGUACAUACGUUUUUUGGAGGACCCACUUGCAAACUGUUGACCAAAAAUGCCAUUUUCCAAAGCCCAGAGAAUGACGGCAACAUCCUGGUGUGUACUGGGGAUGAAGCAGCAAAUUCUGCCCUGCUGUGGGAUGCUGCCAGUGGCUCGUUGCUCCAGGACCUACAGACCAAUCAGCCUGUCUUGGACAUCUGCCCAUUUGAGGUGAACCAUAACAGCUACUUGGCUACCUUAACAGAGAAGAUGGUCCACAUCUAUAAGUGGGAGUGACCGUGGUCUUGAAACCUUGAAGGCCUGCUGCUGGUUAAAUGUUGUUUGCUAGCACCUAGCAGUCCCAAGCAAGAUCCCUGUUUAUUGUCUGCGGCCUAGAACAUUGGGGAUCAUGGUUUGUUUGCAUUAAUAUGAUUCUAGGACUUUAGGUCACUGAGACACUACAGAUUGUGUAUCUGUUAUGUCCACUAAAAGAGUAAUUGAUGGGUACUUUAUCUACAUUAUCCAUUUCUUGGGUUUAAAGCCUUCAUUUACCAUUAUUGUAUGUUGGAAAUUCUUAUUUUCUUUAUUUUCUAUGUGACUUUCUGGACCUUAGAGAGUGUCCUCUCAUCAUCUAGGAUGUAAGUAGGCAUCAAGCAUUUUCUGGGGGAUAUGACAUCCCAUCUGAGUUGUCCUGUUACUUAGGUAUCCUUGAAGGGACUAACCAUUGUCUUGAUACUGAUUUCAUGCAACAUAGAUGUAAAAGAGUAUUACUCAGUUGAACACAAGAGGGCACUGUAAAACCUUGUGUCCGGUUUAUUUCUGACCUUGAAGGCUGACAAUCUUUUAGUAACUUGUCUCAUCGCCACAAAAGUGUGUGAUAGAGCACACCUGGGUGUGCCUUGUGGCAACAACACUUGUGUUCCAGGUGUGAAGUGAUGGGACAUUGGCAGGCCCAGUGAUGGAAGCAGCUAGUGAACUAUUCUCUUUGCUGAUGCCUAGUGCAUUAAGUUUAUUGCUUUGUGAAAGGUAAGGAAAGAGGCCAGUUGUUUGAGUGGUGGGGAAAAUUUUGUUUUUUCUAGCCAGCUUAGGAACUCAGGAUUGGUUUUAUCCAAGCUAGUGCUUUGAAGAACACUAUCUCUUGCCAGGAAAAGAUGAGUGAUAGGUCAAAGGUUUUACUUGAGUCUCCCCUAGAUAUCAGGAGAAAAGACAUAAGAGAAUUUACAAAAGCUAUUCAGACUGCUAUUAAAAACGUGAGAAGAACUUGUCUCCCAUUUUGAGAGAGUUCCUAUCUAAAUAAAGCCAGUCCCUCAGACUGAGGGGCUGUUCUUAAGUGUUCUUUAUACAUUCCAGGUAAAGCCUUCCCCAUGUGAAGCUGAUGUUUGAUUCCAUUUUCCUCUGAUUUGCCUCCCUAACCUUUUCUAAGACUCAGUUUGUAUUUCUUUGACUUGCCUCAGACUACUUCACCAAACCACUGUCCACAACAGAAUAUGCUUCAAGAUGUGGGCAGGUCAGUGUCCUGUUCAUGGGAGAAAAUGGCUAACAAUCUGAUUUUCUCAAAUGAUUGCUGAAGAGUUGUUACCGUUUUUAUUAUAAACACUUCUGACCUGUCAAUUCAAGAGCUGUUUCUAGGAUCUUUCUCUCCAGCAAGGGGUUGUUGCAGUAGAUUUCCCCAGAGUUCCAAGUUUUAGUUUUGCCUUUUAAUGACCCUUUAAUAUUUUAGGACAUAAUUUUUUUCUUUUUAAAAUUUUUUGUAGAAAUAGAUGUUUCACUAUGUUGUCCAGGCUGGUCUUGAACUCCUGGCCGCAAGCAAUUCUCCCGUCUCGGCCUCCUAAAGUGCCAAGAUUAUAGGCAUGAGCCACUGUACCCGGCCCCUAUUUGAAGACAUAUUUUGUAAAAGCUAGCUUCUAGAACCUGAGAAAAGCUCUUUUCUCCAAGGAGAUAUUCCUUUUGAUAUGUUAAUGAUUAAUGAUUAAGAGUGGCUGCCCAGGCCGCGAGUUGGCAGAAUAGGAUUGGAAUUAAAAAGCAGAACUCAUCUGGUUUCAGCAGAUUGCCACCAAGAGGAUGCAGGUGGUCAGGCCCCGACUGGCUUUGUCUUUGGCCCUGAGCAGGGUUAGGAUUUCAGUUGCUUUGAAGUACCUGAUGCUGACUGAUUCCCCUAAAAGUAGGAAGCAAGAGACUUAACUAUGAGGGACAUUAGGCGAAUGCUCAGUCUCACCAGUCCUUGCAUUAGUACAUUAAAUUUGGAUAUUUUGGAAGCAAAUUCAUAGGACCGUGACUGAUUUCUCCAAAGAAAAAAACCUUGUCCAGCCUCACCACGAUGGUGAAACCCCAUCUCUACUAAAAAUACAAAAUUAACUGGACGCAGUGGUGAGCACGCCUGUAGUCCCAGCUACUCAGGAGGCUGAGGCAGUAGAAUUGCUUGAACCUGGGAGGCAGAGGUUGCAGUGAGUCAAGAUCAUGCCACUGCACUCCAGCCUGAGUGACAGAGCAAGACUCCAUCUCAAAAAAAAAAACCUUGACGCCAUUCCCAAUCCCCAUCGUAGGACAUCACAUUUAUAAAUCCAGGCUUUAGUCUUCUGAGCUCCACCAGGCUCUGCCCCACCAUAUUCCUUUGUCACUACCUCUAAGGUUUUUUCCCCACUUGAGGAUUUGGAGUUAAACGAACUCAAAAUAUCUUGUCAUUGUAUAUAUUCUUGCCCCUGCUUUGAAAAGAAGGCAAUGAGAACUCUGUUUAUACCCUGUUUUAAUGUUUCUGUUUUAUGUUUUAAUGUUAAUAUGAAAAUAAAGAAUUUGCUAUGUAUA